AUGUUCCGGGAGCACAUCAUCCGCAGAGGCCAGUGGUAUAUAAGGAGGCUUUGGUCUUGGUUUCUAAACGCAACGAUGCAGUCUUAUUGGGAAGAGAUUGACAACUGCAAGAUUAAGGUGUUUGAUAAACUGACUGCAAAAGCUGAAAUGGUGUUAGAGAUUGGUAUUGGGACAGGUUCUAAUAUGAGUUACUACGCUGAUUGUAAUCUCAACGUAACUCUUUAUGGGUUGGAUCCAAAUCCAAAAAUGAAGAAGUACCUACGCAAAUCCGCUGCCAAAGCAGGACUGAAACCUAAAAACUUCAAGUUCAAGCAAGGAGUAGGAGAAGCUAUACCAUUCAAAGAUGCUUCUGUGGAUGCAGUUGUUGCAACACUUGUUCUAUGUUCUGUCUCUGAUGUCACUCAAACACUCGCUGAAAUCAAGCGAGUGCUGAGACCAGGAGGGACAUUCAUAUUCUUAGAACAUGUUGCAGCAGAAGAUGGAUCGUUCUUCAGACGUUUGCAGAAACUAUUGGAUCCAUUGCAGCAGAGACUCGCAGAUGGAUGCCAUUUGACAAGAAACACCAGAGAGUGUAUCAUGGAAGCUGGUUUCAACGGAGGUGUUGAAAUAGAGACCAUGUCUAUGUGUAGCUUCCCUUGGAUCACUAGACCUCAUAUCUAUGGAGUUGCUUACAAAUAA